AUGAUCACUCAUCUGUUUCUUGUAGAGUUCACCAUUUCAUGCCUGCGUAUGCCACAUGAUGUGAAUGAAUUCUACAUGCUUUUUGCUUUACCUCGCUUUUGCUUUUGCUUUGACUGCUAUAUAUCCUCUCAUAGGGCAUUUUCUUUACAGAUUCCUAAUCUCCAUUUACUGGAGCUUAUAGAUAAUUGCUAUCUAAUAUCUAUACCUGUGUGGUUUCUUCUUUUCUUAACACUAACAGAGCGAGAAAGUGGGGUAUCAACUGAGUAUAGCCAAGACAAACAUGAGGAACCUGUUGCAGAACCAUUUGAUUUCAUGAGCACUGAGGCUGAUGAGGCUAGAGAAAUAUUAGCAUCACUUGCUAAUACUUCCAUUCAAGAGAAGCCUGUUGAGUUUGAUACUGAGCAGGCUUUGGACGAAGAUGAUCAAGAGCCUGCUACAACUACUGUAUCCAGUGCUGUGAUGCAGCUAAAACCAAAGACAGAACACUUACCAGCAGACCAGUUUGAUGAUGAAUCUGUUGAAGAUAAACCUAUUGGGCCUGAUACUGGGAUACCAACUGAGUAUAGCGAGGACAAACAUGAGGAACCUGUUGCAGAACCAUUUGAUUUCAUGAGCACUGAGGCUGAUGAGGCUAGAGAAAUAUUAGCAUCACUUGCUAAUACUUCCAUUCAAGAGAAGCCUGUUGAGUUUGAUACUGAGCAGACAUUGGAGGAAGAUGUUCAGGAGCCUUCUACAACUACUGUAUCCAGUGCUGUGAUGCAGCUAAAACCAAACACAGAAGAAUUAUCUACACCAUCACUGCCACCAGUAGAUCAGAUUGAUGAAGAAUCUGAAGAUGAAUAUACUAAAUUGGAACAAGUAUGCCAAAAUGACAAACAGUCUCCUGAUGAUGAUGCCAUGAUUCAAUCUCAAGAUGAAAAGUAUGAAGAUGAAUCAACUGAAAAAGAAGCCUAUACUGAUGAUGGAUCUAAGAAACAUGAAGAAACUUCAUAUUCAGACCAAACGGAUGAAUCUGUUAAAUACCCUGAAAUCUCUGAUGAUACAGAGUAUAUUGAAAAACAAGAAGAAGCAUUUGAACAGACUGCCCCUCAGAUUUCUCAGAAGUAUGAAGCACAGCAAGUAGACGAGGAUUAUCCAGAUGAACCAUAUGUUGGUGUAACAAAGGAUCCCUUUGAAGAUGAAGAAGAUCAUAGAGAGUUUGAAGAGCUUGAAGCAGCCAUAAAUGAUGCCCUUGACGAAGAACCCAGAACUACCAUUGAAGAUGACACACAAUAUGAUAAACCCAAUACCACCCAGCCCAUAAUUGAUGUCAAUGAACAGGUUGCUAGAGAAGUCUUGCAUCACCUGAUAGCAGCAGAGGAUGCUGCAGCAGAAGAAGAAAGACUUCGGAAAGUUGAGUCAUUUGAGAAACCACAAGGAGAUGCUUUUGAAAGUCAAUCUAUUCAAGAUACAUCAGAUAUAUUGAUCAGCACAGAAGUUGCUCAGAGUGUUGAAUCAGCACCAAUAUCCGUACAUUCUGACCCACUUGAUGAGAAAAAAGAUCUUCUCACAUCAAGCUUUGAAAAUAUCUAUGAUAAAACAGAAAUUGAGUGUGAAGUCAUGAAGCCUACAUUAUCAGCUGAAAAAGCAAUUGGGGAUAGAUUUGAGCCAAAUUUAGAACAACCAGAGAUCAUGGCCCGCUCUAGUAGUUUUGAAGAUCUUUACACUAAAAAGCCAAGUUAUGAUGAGGAACAAGAGCAAUUUGUAGAUUAUAAUGAGUCACAGCCUAGGACCACUGAUGUGACUAAUACUGAUUAUGAUACCAAUAUUGAAAGUUCAACAAUUCCUCUGUCAGCCUCACUGGACUCAAUCAAGGAAGAAUCCCCAAAUGCUGAUGAUAUUCCAGAAGCAACUGAUGUCACUGAAACCCAAUAUGAUACAAAUAUGGAAAGUGCAGCAUGUCCUCUAGUGGAUAUCCCAUCUACCCCUAUAAAAGAUACAGUGCAACCAGAGUAUGGGAGUUCCCCUCCUUACCAGACCUAUGAGUCAGGCCUUGACUCUGUAGGUCAAGAACAACAGUUACUUGCUCCAGCAUCUGACUCCUCCUUAGAACGCUCCCAUUCAUGUGAGGUAGAAGAAGGGGAAAAGGAGCAUCCUAGAUUUAGACAUCAUUCCUCACCUGAUGGUUUCUUCCCCCAUGAGAAUGAUCUGAAUGACCGUCAACAAAGUGAUGAAGGUAUUGCUUUUUAUGUCCCCACCACAUAGUGUGGGGCCAUAUUGUCGGCCUAGGCGCGUCCGUCCGUCCGUCUGUCUGUCCGUCUGUCUGUCCGUCUGUCUGUCCGUCUGUCCGUACGUCCGGCAGUUUUCUCCAAAACCGCUACAGAUAUCACCUUCAAAUUUUCAGGGAUAACUUAUGAGUGCAUACAGAUGUGGAUGAAAAAAAAUUAACUCGAUACUUACUUCCUGUCGGCCAUUUUGAAGUCGAAUGCUAAAAUCCUUGUCUGCAAACUUUAAGAAAAACUGCUUCACAGUUGCUUUUAAAACUUUAACAUCUUGUUCAGCUCACUUCAUUCUAGAUCUGAUUAGGUUUUGGACCUGCUAGCUCAGUCAUGUCAGCCAUUUUGAAUGUCUU